CGCAGCGUCACCUGACCGCGGGAGGCUCCGCGAGGGGACGCUGCUCCGGCUGCGGGCUCGGUGUUUCGCCAUGGGUUACUGUGAGUUGGAACCGACUCAACGUCACCUAACAGCUAACAACGCUUAUUUCUGAGCUGGCCAUCUGAACGUAGCAGAAUCCAUUCAUGCUAAUAAUUGUUAAAUCUGUUACAUUCAAAGCCUACGACACAGCAGUCACCUCAGGAUGAGCAGGAAAAGCUCUUGGAUGAAGCAAUACAGGCUGUGAAGGUCCAGUCAUUCCAGAUGAAAAGAUGCCUGGACAAAAACAAGCUUAUGGAUGCGCUGAAGCAUGCUUCUAACAUGCUUGGUGAACUCCGGACGUCUAUGUUGUCACCAAAGAGCUACUAUGAGCUUUAUAUGGCUAUCUCUGAUGAGCUGCACUACCUGGAGGUGUACCUGACAGAGGAGUUUGCUAAAGGAAGGAAGGUGGCGGAUCUCUACGAGCUCGUGCAGUAUGCUGGGAACAUCAUCCCCAGACUUUAUCUAUUGAUCACGGUUGGAGUUGUGUAUGUUAAGUCAUUUCCUCAGUCCAGGAAAGAUAUCUUGAAAGAUUUGGUAGAAAUGUGCCGUGGUGUUCAGCAUCCCUUGAGGGGUCUAUUUCUUCGAAAUUACCUUCUUCAGUGUACCAGGAACAUCUUACCUGAUGAAGGAGAGCCAACAGAUGAAGAAACAACUGGCGAUAUCAAUGAUUCCAUGGAUUUUGUACUACUCAACUUUGCAGAAAUGAACAAGCUCUGGGUGCGGAUGCAGCAUCAGGGACAUAGCCGGGACAGAGAAAAAAGAGAGCGAGAGAGACAAGAACUGAGAAUUUUAGUGGGAACAAAUUUGGUGCGCCUCAGUCAGUUGGAAGGUGUAAAUGUGGAACGUUAUAAACAGAUUGUUUUGACUGGCAUAUUGGAGCAAGUUGUGAAUUGCAGGGAUGCUUUGGCUCAAGAAUAUCUCAUGGAGUGUAUUAUUCAGGUUUUCCCUGAUGAAUUUCACCUUCAGACUUUGAAUCCUUUUCUUCGGGCCUGUGCUGAGUUACACCAAAAUGUAAAUGUGAAGAACAUAAUCAUUGCUUUAAUUGACAGAUUAGCUUUAUUUGCUCACCGUGAAGAUGGACCUGGAAUCCCAGCAGAUAUUAAACUUUUUGACAUAUUUUCACAGCAAGUGGCUACAGUAAUACAGUCUAGACAAGACAUGCCUUCGGAGGAUGUUGUGUCUUUACAAGUCUCCCUCAUAAACCUUGCCAUGAAGUGUUACCCUGAUCGUGUGGACUAUGUUGAUAAAGUUCUGGAAACAACAGUGGAGAUAUUUAAUAAGCUCAACCUUGAACAUAUUGCCACCAGUAGUGCAGUUUCAAAGGAGCUCACCAGACUUUUGAAGAUACCUGUUGACACGUACAACAAUAUUUUAACAGUUUUGAAGCUGAAACAUUUCCACCCACUCUUUGAGUACUUUGACUAUGAGUCCAGAAAGAGUAUGAGUUGUUAUGUGCUUAGCAACGUUCUGGAUUACAACACAGAAAUUGUCUCUCAAGACCAGGUAGAUUCGAUAAUGAAUUUGGUAUCCACGUUGAUUCAGGACCAGCCGGAUCAACCUGUAGAAGACCCUGAUCCUGAAGAUUUUGCUGAUGAGCAGAGCCUUGUAGGCCGGUUCAUCCAUCUCCUGCGUUCCGAGGACCCUGACCAGCAGUACUUGAUUUUAAACACAGCACGAAAACAUUUUGGAGCUGGUGGAAAUCAACGGAUUCGCUUCACACUGCCGCCACUGGUGUUUGCAGCUUACCAGCUGGCUUUUCGCUACAAAGAGAACUCUAAAGUGGAUGACAAAUGGGAAAAGAAAUGCCAGAAGAUUUUUUCAUUUGCUCACCAGACUAUAAGCGCUUUGAUCAAAGCAGAGCUGGCAGAAUUACCCUUACGGCUUUUUCUUCAAGGGGCUCUAGCUGCUGGAGAAAUCGGUUUUGAAAAUCAUGAAACAGUGGCAUAUGAAUUUAUGUCCCAGGCCUUUUCUCUGUAUGAAGAUGAAAUCAGCGAUUCCAAAGCCCAGCUGGCUGCCAUCACCUUGAUCAUUGGCACGUUUGAGAGGAUGAAGUGUUUCAGUGAAGAGAACCACGAACCCUUGCGGACUCAGUGCGCACUCGCUGCGUCCAAACUUCUGAAGAAGCCGGACCAGGGCCGGGCUGUGAGCACCUGCGCGCACCUCUUCUGGUCCGGCAGAAACACAGACAGAAACGGAGAGGAGCUUCACGGAGGCAAGAGGGUAAUGGAGUGCCUAAAGAAAGCACUAAAAAUAGCCAAUCAGUGCAUGGACCCAUCUCUACAAGUGCAGCUUUUUAUAGAAAUUCUGAACAGAUAUAUCUAUUUUUAUGAAAAGGAAAAUGAUGCGGUAACAAUUCAGGUUUUGAACCAGCUAAUCCAGAAGAUUCGAGAAGACCUCCCAAACCUUGAGUCCAGUGAAGAAACAGAACAGAUUAACAAACAUUUCCAUAAUACCCUGGAGCACUUGCGCCUGAGGCGGGAAUCGCCAGAAUCUGAGGGGCCAAUUUAUGAAGGCCUCAUCCUCUAAAACACAGACGGGCUCACGUUCUCUCCAUUUACAUCCAGCAAGGGUUUUCCUGUACUAGUUUCCUGUCCGUAGAUGGUGCCUUUCAGAAACGCUGAGGUAGGUUUCCCUUUCUUGCCCGUCAUGUGGUUUACCUAGUACCUCCAGACUCUCACCUUCAAGACCUUAAGAAAGUUAUUCACUUCAUAAGUGUUCGGGUCUGUCUGACCACCCCAGGUAGCAUGACUGAUCUGCUAUUUAAAAUUCCCGUGAUCUGUUCAAAAAAAAAAAAAAAAACACUUAUCUUGGCUACUAA